AUGUCCAUACUUGGCGACAAGUACCCCCGGUUGGCUUCCCUCAUUGGCGUGUUGGAUACGUCCACCGACCAGGUCAACCUGACAACCGGCUCGGGUUCACUUCUGUUUGAUCUGCCUCAAGGGCAAGCCGGAAGUCUUGCGAUGGAACGAAUCACCAAGUUCAAAGCAUUCUUAGAACGUGUCAUGGUCAUUACUCAGAACUCGCGGGGAUUGUGGGACAUUACCCAGCCACGGAUGGAACUAUCAGAGAAAGUGUCAACGCAGGACCAAUCUUGCGUGCAUGCAAAGCGCGCGAGCAUUGUUGUCAACGCCAUAUUCAACGAGUUUGGGCAGCUCAGCUGUCGAGAGUCCCACGAACUCAAGCUGAGAGUGUCGGAUGAGUGGCAAACUGGUCUUUGUGCCACUGCCACCUUGGAUAUAUUCGUUUCCAGUUGCCCAGACAGAAGUAUUUGGCAACAAGCCAAAUGUGGCACAUUUCAGAAAGCGAUGGACAGGACUGAGAAAGACAAUAUAUGCGAGGCAAUUCGACAAGCAAGGGAAACCGGUAGAGUACUCCACCUGUGCGUUGACCCGCGGGGAUUAUUUGAUAUCUCAGAUAAAAUGCCACCAAUACCGUCAAGGUCGAAUGAAUUUGCAGCAGAGUCUCUCGGUGACCUACUUGAUCAGAAGGCUUUCAUUCGGAUCACUCCCCUAGACUACCUAAAAGGAGCCGCAGUCCAGAAAUACAGUUCUCAAGAGAAGGCGACUCUAGCUCUUUCGCUUGCAAGAUGUUUGAUGGACUUCUUCGACGAGGACCUCGAAUUGGCCUCAUACAGUUGGAAACCAGAGAGCGUAUACUUUCUACGCCCUUCUGGUGCCCUUAUCGGUGACCGUGUACUUUAUAUUUCGCUCAGGCCCAAUUUCUCGACUCCUGCAUUCCCCGACUUACUCAAAACAGUGCGACCAGGCAACCCAGUGCUGCUUUCAUUUGCUAGGCUCCUGCUAGAGAUCGACAGCGGCGAGAAGAUUCCGAUGGCGAUCCAUCCUGAAAGUAGAGCCAACGUGUCGACAUGGGGGGAGUUGUGCGACUUCGUUGACGUGGCAGGAAGAGACGGAAACAACAAUUACCUCAGGGCUGUGGAAGGGUGUCUAUAUCUACAUAUGGCCCUGCCAAAAUCACAAGGUCAACCAACUGGUCCAACUGCCAGUGAAGUAUUAAGGAAGGCUAUUUACGAGCAAAUAGUCCGCAAUCUUGAGCUCACUGUCAACCCGCAGAGCUUGAAGCGGAAAAGAUCUGAUUUAUUGUCGGAGCUUCCGCAGAAGAGGAUGCUUUCAAUCUCAUCGCCACCGGACAUAGAGUCCCCGGAAGUGUUGAGCUACCACGCUACCAAGAAGUCUGCUCCACCUGCUAUUCGCGAUAAAUUCGAGAUCGCAAUAGUAUGUGCAUUACCGUGCGAGUAUGAUGCCGUGUAUUUUCUCAUGGAUGAAGUUUGGGACGAAGACUCCGACUACUAUGGGGGGGCCGACGGAGAUCCGAACAUAUAUACGGCCGGCCGCAUGGAAGAGUUCAAUGUGGUUCUGGUUCUCCUUCCGAAUACGGGCAAGGCUAGCGCCGCUGGAACUGCCGCAAGCCUUCGAUUGAGCUAUCCCGGACUUAGGCUCGUCCUUCUGAUUGGCAUCUGCGGUGGCGUACCAUGUCCAGAAGGGAAUCAAGAGCUUCUACUUGGCGAUGUAGUCAUUAGCAGGCAUAUUGUCCAGUACGACCUGGGCAGGAGGUAUCCCGACCAGUUCCACAAGCGAGAUACUGCGGAGGACGGUCCUAGCAGAGCCCCCAAAAACAUACACACCCUGCUUACCAUGAUCGAGACCACAGCUGGUCGUGAGCGACUCGAACAAAAUACUGCAUUUUACCUCCAACAAAUCCAAAGGAGUGCCGCUCUAAAACCGCGCGCUCCCAAAUAUCAGUAUCCAGGGUCUUCACAGGACAAUCUCUUCCAGUCCAGCUACCAGCACAAACACCAUCUUUCGCCAGAAUGUGUCUGCGCAAAAAAUCACAAAGAUUCGGUGACUGUCUGUGAGGAGUCCCGCCAGCUCUCGUGUGAUGAGCUUGGAUGCGAUAAAACGUACGUCGUUCAACGGGAACGGCUGAAGUCAAAGCAACAACUAGAGCGAGAGGGACGCGAGGAGGAUGCCCAAGCCCCGUCGAUAUUCGUUGGGCGGGUCGCAUCAGGUGAUUCUGUGAUGAAGUCUGCCGAAGACCGUGACAAGCUGGCCAAGCGUCACGGUGUGAUUGCAUUCGAGAUGGAAGGCGCUGGGUUGUGGGACGAAGUACCCUGCGUUAUAGUCAAAGCUGUCUCUGACUACGCAGACAGCCACAAGAACGAUAUAUGGAAAGAAUUUGCAACCGCAACGGCCGCAUCUGCUGCGAAAGCACUACUGAAACAGUAUUCUCGGGCCGGGCAUGACUAG